GCUGUACUCAGAAUGAACCCUAGUGAGGCCCUCUGUGGUUUUCAGUACAUGGGUAGAGAGCCUGUACUAAAGCCCUGCGUUCAUUAGCACUUCUGUUUUCAAAGACUAUCAGUGAUCACUGUUUGACCACUGAUGCCAGAUACAACGGACUGAAAAAGAGAGGGAUCAAAGAGAAGAGUGGAAAAUUAAGUGGGGGGGAGAAAGGAGGGGCUGUGGAGAACACUGAAGUAGAAAGGGAUGGAAAGCGUUUCAUCGGAUCAGUCAGCCAGCGUGGAUGAGCUGGUGGAAGCCUGCAUCAAAGCCUUUGACAAUGAAGGUGUCCUGAAGGAGCCGUCUCUUGUGCGGAUGUUUCUCACCAUGCAUCCGUGGUACCUGUCAUCAAGUGACCUAGCUAAGAAACUCCUGCACAAGUCUCAGGAACAGGAUUGUUCUGCAAAUCGCCAGUCUCAAAUUUGUCACCUUGUCAAGUACUGGAUAUCUGAGUUCCCAGCUGAGUUUGACCUGAACCCCGCACUGGCUGAGCAGAUCCGCGGUCUGAAAGAACGACUGGAGCAGAAUGGAGAUGUGAGGCGUAGUCUGCUCAUCGACAUAGACAGCAUUCCGUCUUACGAAUGGCGACGUCAACUGGAUGAAACUGUCCAGAAGAAACGCAAGACCUCCCUUCUUUUUGACCACCUGGAUGCUUCCACCCUGGCUGAACACCUAACAUACAUGGAGUACAAAUCAUUUUGCAAAAUUCUGUUCCAGGACUACCACAGUUUCGUGAUGCACGGCUGCACGGUGGAUAAUCCCAUUCUGGAGCGUUUCAUUACUCUGUUUAACAGUGUAUCCCAAUGGAUCCAGAUCAUGGUUCUCAGUAAGCCUACAGCUCAGCAGAGAGCCACUGUCAUCAGUGAAUUCAUCAAAGUGGCCCAGAGGCUACUGCAGCUGCAGAACUUCAACACACUGAUGGCUGUAGUGGGAGGGCUUAGCAAUAGCUCCAUUGCUAGACUCAAGGAUACGCAGGCGCUCAUCGGCAGCGAGACGCGCAAGGUGUUUGAUGGAUUGGUGGAGCUUGUCACCUCCUCUGGAAACUACAGUCGCUAUCGUCAGCGUUUCUCGGAAUGUUCGGGAUUCCGUUUUCCCAUCCUUGGAGUGCAUCUGAAGGAUCUGAUUGCCGUCCAUGUGGCCCUGCCUGAUUGGUUUGACCCCGAGAAGACUAGGGUCAACCUAACCAAGACCCAUCAAUUGUACGCCAUCCUGGAAGAGCUGGCGCUCAUUCAAAGCACUCCACCCAGUAUAGAAGCCAAUUCAGACCUGCUGAAUCUGCUUAUAGUGUCUUUGGACCAGUACCAUUCAGAGGAUGAGAUAUAUCAGCUGUCUCUACAGAGGGAGCCUCGCAGUAUUAAACUAUCAACUUCCAGCUCAAAGUCACAGUCUCCUCUAAUAGAACGAUGGGCAUCUUCAGUCAAACCCAAAGCAGACCCAGCCAUCAUCAACAAGCACAUAGAAAAAAUGGUGGAGUCAGUGUUCCAAAAUUUUGACACUGAUGGCGAUGGCUACAUUUCCCAAGAAGAGUUUGAGAUCAUCAGGAAAAAUUUUCCUUACCUCGGCAAGUUUGACGAACUGGACCAAAACCAGGAUUGUAAAAUUAGUCGUGAGGAGAUGAUUGAGUACUUCACAAAGGCGAGCUCCUUACAGAACUGCAAGAUGGGUUUUGUUCACACGUUUACAGAGACAAGCAGCGUCAAGCCUUCAUUUUGUCAGCACUGCUCUCGUUUGAUAUGGGGAUUUUACAAACAGCGAUGCAAGUGCAAAGUGUGUGGGGUGAGCUGUCAUAAAGACUGUUGCAGUCGUUUGACCAUUGAGUGCCGUAAGCGAGCGCAGAGCGUCAGUUGUCACAAUGACGUUUCCUUUAAGGCCACACGCUCUUUCAGCUUCCCGCCUCCCUCCAGCACAGAGCCGAUAGCAGAGACCCCGGUCAUCACAGACGGCUCUCAGGAGGAACAAGAUGAGGUUUUUGAUGUCCACCUUUGAUGAGGUUCGAAAAGAAGAUGUAUAAAGCCAACACAUUCACCUGGUGGUUGAGAGCUUUUUCAUUAAGAACAGAAAUCCAUCACCUGGCAUUAGAUACGUUCCUGUCCUCCUCAUUUUCAUAGGAACAUCCCGGGGCAAAUCCAUAAGCAAGCACAGCACCAGUGACAGAGCUGCACUGUGUGUGUUUGUUCAUGCGUUUGUUGUCCAAGGUGAUCCGUUCUCUUGAACUCUCCUUUGCUGUGAUCUCUUAUGGGGUUUUGGUCUGAAAAUAGCACAUACAUUUCAAACAAAUAAGAAAAAAUCACCAGCUAAGUUGCAACAAAUAUUUGAAGAGGUUUUAUAUAUUUUUACUGAUUUAGUUUUUCUUUAAAGUUCAGUUUUCAUCCCCUUAGUAGAAUUAAAGGAUUAGUUCAUUUCAGAAUUAAAACUUCCUAAUAAUUUACUCACCCCCAUGUCAUCCAAGAUGUUCAUGUCUUUUUUCCUCAGUCCAAAAAAAAUUAAGGUUUUUGAGGAAACCAUUCCCUUUUUUUAUAUAGUGGACUUCAUGGAGACCAACAGGUUGAAAGUCCAAAUUGCACCUUGAAAGGACUCUACGGUGCCUUUAUUCAUAUUAGAGAUUUCUAAUAUGGUGCCUGUCACUAGUAGUUUUAAUAAUGUUAAAAAGGUUUAAUAUUUAUGAAUUAGAUUACAAACUUGUGAGUGCAGUGCACUUCUGAAUGGCUGUGAUAUGUGAGUGAUUCUUACUGCACUGUCGUGUCGCUUCUUGCGUGAACAGCCAAAUUGCUUGUCGUGUCGCAUGUAGUUAGGACAUGGUGUAAGGGUCUUAUCUUUUUAACCACAAAUGCUCAUCUUGCACUAGCUGGACUUCACGCAUUACGUAAUCACAUUAAAAAGAUCACGCAUGACGUAGCUGGAAAUACCGUCUCUGUGUUUACAAAGCAAACAUGCAAAGAAAGUCAAACGCCCUUUACAAAAAAAGGUCAAAGAACGAUGUCGGACGAUUUUGAAGUUGCAGGAGAAAAUGAGAAAAUGAAGCUUUUCACCCUCCCCUACAUUUUUGAACCAAAAUACACAGACGAGCUAAGAACUAACCACGCGUGAACUUGUUUACGUAAGUCAUGGACGUGCAUUUUUGGUUAUACAGUUUAAAGGGGUCAUCAGAUGCCCAUUUUCUACAAGUUGAUAUGAUUCUUUAGGGUCUUAAUGAAAAGUCUAUAAUAUACUUUGGUUGAAAUUCUCAAUGGUUGUGUAAGACAACACCCUUUUUACCUUGCCAAAAUCAGCUCUGCAAAAAUCAUCCCAUUGUGAGGGAUCGCUCCUUUAAAUGCAAAUGAGCUCUGAGGUCUCAAGAAAAUAGCACAAUAAAUAGCACAAUUUUCUGUUUCUAUUUGGCAUGUUAUUCAUAGGCUGAAAUUGACUUUGGCUUGCAUUUGAUAUGCAUGUGUUUGACGUGCAUAUAAUACGCAGUUUUCGUGUGCAUAUUAUAUGCAUCGACCCCAUGCACUAUCAUGAGAUCGGGUGACAGAAGUGCCAGUACGCACGAAAAAGUGCCAGUACGCAAAAGGCUAAAAUACAGAAGUGCUGGUACUGCGUACCGGUGUGUACCGGCCCACUUCAAGAACUGAUUCUGAGGGAUUGUUCCUUUAAAUGCAAAUGAGCUCUGCUCGCCCCGCCCCCCUCUUCUCUCUGUGGAGUGACGAGCUGCUUGAGAGAUUGUUUACUUUAGCCACAUUUGGCGCGUUUAGCCGCGAAACUCGCUAACUAGCACCUUAUUAGGAAAGGUGAUUGCAGAGAUUCAUAAAAAAACCUUAUACUCACUUCUUCUGUAGGUGAAGCUGGAUCACGAAUGAUUUGCGUGAACAUAGACGCAUUUAUGUAAAUUGGGAGGCGCAUUUCCUUCACAAACAAACAUAAUCCACUGUAUCUUCAGCGGCUCAGAUGUCGGGAGUAAAUGACGGCCACUAUGUUCAUUAUUACAUCCAGCAACACAACACACAACACAACUCAAUCGCUCAAUCGGAGAUAUUCUUGUCUAACUUACAUCUCUGCUCCAGCAUCGAAACAAAGAGGGCGGACUGUUACAGCUGAUCUGAGGUAAGACGCUCAUGUCAAUCAACUAUCGUGGGAGCAGCCUCUGUCAGUGUGACGCCACAAUGACAGGCAUCUGAGAAUGGCUCGAUUUGAAAAGGGGGAUAUUAUUUUUACAGAUUUAUUAAAAACCACUGCAUUGAUUUGUAUCAUUAUAGGGUAGAUGUGUACGUACACUGCCAACACACAUUAAUGUUUAAACAACAUUAAAAAGUGAACUGUGCAUCCAAUGACUCCUUUAACAAAGUAUAUCAUUUAUUUAUUUAUUAUUAUAAUUCUUUUUUAUAAUAAAAAAAAAAAACCUUAUUCCUCGGCUGGGAUUGUGUAGAGCCUUUUGAAGCUGCAUUGAAACUGCAGCUGAUCCCCAAGUCCACUAUAUGGAGAAAAAUCCUGUAAUGUUUUCCUCAAAAACCUUAAUUUGUUUUCAACUUAAGAAAAAAGGGCAUGAACAUCUUAAAUGACACAGGUAAAUUAUCAAGAAAUGUUUAUUCAGGAGUUUUGUAAGUGUUUUGGAUGAAAUGUGACUAAAAAGUAAUAUAUAGAGUAUUUUGAUUUGAAUUCCUGUAACUGCAUGAUUUCAUUGAUCUAUUUAAUUCUCAUGAUAUGAAUUAUGAAUUGAAGAGAAGGUCGAAUGAAUGACAUGUUGCAGACAGUAUUGUGCCGUCUCUCAUCCCGGGCUUCAAUUACACACCGACAGAAGGCGCUGUUGUCCUAAAUUGAGAGAGUGAUUUGACAAGUUCUUGUGCUGCCACAUUUGCUUGGUGUUUUUAUGUUUAUCUUAUUAUUAUUAUUAUGCAGAUGGAUCAUUUGUUCUCUUUGAUGUACAUUUACACGUUUUUUUGCUGCCGUGAUGGAUGUAUAAUAAAUAGAACAUUUAAUCAAAUGGAUGUAUUCGGCUGCCUGCUGCUAGUCAUUAUUUUUGGUGGCAGAUAGUGUUAUUACUGUAUGUGAGAAACGGAGGAAAAGCCCUCGUUGACAUAUUCCCUGUCCAGACAAACAGCUGUAAGCCGAAAACAGGGGUGUAGAGACAAGAUUAAAAGUUCAAAGGUUUCAUUUUCACCAUUUUAUUUACUUCAAACACCGUGCUGUGUGAAUCAUGAGUUGAAAUUGGCCUGGAUCAGAGGGUUAAUCUCACAGGUUAGACCUUUAGCUCAAAAGCUGCAAUUACGUUCACAGUUAAGUUGUGCCACUUGCUACUAUAUCAUGGGCUUUUAAAGUUUUUUAACAGUUGGGUGAACCAUGUCACUCUGAGAGCAGAAAUUGCUAUUGUUCGUGAACCGUUGCCGUCGAUGUGGGCCGGGCUUAAAGCACGGCCGUUUAUGUACUCAAGACUUCCAUUAGCGUCUUACACGAGUGGUGCUGUGACAUGUCAAGUACUUCGCAAGUGAUCGUUCUUAUUUUCUUUUAUGGACUAUAAAAAACCUGUGUAAUUUAUGCUAAAACAGCAUGGUGAUAUGGUGAUGUCAAAUAUGAGCCUUAAGUUUCAGGCAUUGUGGAGGCACUGUGGUGUGUGUAUAUUUUACAGUUCAUAAUUAUAAGUGAUAAUAUGAAUCAACCUACCAAAUCUGAUUUUGGACCUUAAAAUAUACUGAUAAUUACUAUAAGCAUGUCAAAACAAAACAUGCAGUACUAGAACAGUGCAAUAAAUAUUAACCAAACAAUUUGAAACAUAUAUGUAACUAAAUUUAAAUAAA